AUGCAGCCGGACCUCCCCGUCGGCGACGCGGCGCUGCGCAGCCCCCCGGCCCCUGAGCCGGCCGGCGGCGCCUUCCCCAGCGCUGAAGCCACCAAGCCACCCUACAGCUACAUCGCCCUCAUCACCAUGGCCAUCCAGAGCGCGCCCGAGCAGCGCAUCACCCUCAGCGGCAUCUACCGCUACAUCAUGGGCCGCUUCACCUUCUACCGCGAGAACAAGCAGGGCUGGCAGAACAGCAUCCGCCACAACCUCUCCCUCAACGAGUGCUUCGUCAAGGUGCCCCGUGACGACAAGAAGCCGGGAAAGGGCAACUACUGGACCCUCGACCCCGACUGCUACAACAUGUUUGAGAACGGCAGCUUCCUGCGGCGCCGCCGGCGCUUCACCAGGAAGAAGGGUCUCCGGGAUGCGCCAGGCACUGAGGGGGACGAGGGGCGUGGGAAGACCCUCAGGCAGCCUGGGCAAGGGCUGCCCGCUGCCCCGCUGCCGGAGGAAGGGAAGGCAGAGGGGGCCUACAGCUCGCGGUCGGCCACAGGACGCCUGCCGAGCCCCGCCGCUCUCCCUGAGGGUGCCGGGGUGCCGGGGUGCGCCGAGCCCUGGGCCCGCCGUCAGCCGCCCAAGGCCAGGCAGCCCUGCCUGUACCUGCCGGAGGUGGCACAGCCCAAGGGGCCGUUCCUCACGGCCGCCGAGAGCCGCCCGCCCAAGGAGACUGUCUUCGGGGGGCUGCCGGCGGCGCUGCAGCUGCCCCGGCCAGGUCAGUACCCAUUGCCCGGUGAGCGCCCGGCCCAGCAGCAGCACCCUGCCCUGCUGCCCGCCCUGCUGCCCACCCAGCACAGGGACCCCCCGCAGGACUCGCCGGCCACCCCAGACACCCCCCCAGAGCAGCUGGAGGGCAAGGAGCUGGCUGCCCCCGGGUUGGGGCCGUGCCAGCCGUUCGGGCAGGUGCCACCUGCGUUCCCUGGCAACCUCCUGGGCACGGGCAAGCCCCCUCCAUCCUGCUUCCUGGAGGGAGAGGGCUACACGCAGCCCCACCUGCCCGUGUUCGGCUCCUUCAGCCGGCCGGGCCCCGAGGCGCUGGGCAGCAGCUACCAGUGCCGGGUGCAGGCGCUGAGCUUCUGCGUGAAGGAGCGGCCCUGCGGCGCGGCGCUGGAGCAUCUGCUGGCCGCAGCGCCCCCGGCCUCCACCGCCCCCCGGCAGCCACCCUUCGGGGCCAUGGGGCCACGGGCAGGUGAGCAGAAGGAGCCGUGGGGCCCAGGCACCACGAUCCCACUGCAGGGGGGUAAUGGCUACCCCCUGGGGCUGCCCCCCUGCCUCUACCGCACUCCCGGCAUGUUCUUCUUCGAGUGA